CUCUUCCCGAAACUGCGGGCAACUUCCAAAUGCCUUCACUGAUGACCGAGCAAGAAGACGCCUGAGAGGAUCGGUGGCUCAGCAGCGUUGCGCUCGGUGAGAGAAACGCCUUUACGGCUUCAGUACGCUUUGGUACGCUCGCCUGGCAUCGCCUCACAAUGAUGACAGCAUAUCGUUCAACGUCGUCAGCGGAUCGGAACUGUCAUGCCUUGGCAAAACAAGCACAACAUGAAAAUAAACAUCCGUAUUCAAGGUGAGAGUCGAAGGGGAAAAACCCCCUUGUGAAUCCAACCCUUGGAAACAGCAACAACAACGGAGGACGCCAGUUCGACCGGAGAUAGUGGGGUGCACGACAGCAAACGGCAUGGAUGGGAUCGGGGGAGCAUCACCGGGAAAUGUGGGCCUAAAGUGAAUUCAACGCCGGGCUCUUCGGCAGAGUGGGCACAGGUUUUGGAGUGCAGGUAGGCCCAGGUUCACCAGCCACAAACUCUGCCACUAGCCACAAUUGACACACGUGAUUUGCUGGCGCAGGUGCGCUAGCCCCAUACCGAUUUCCCCCUCCACACACAAAUUUUGACAAGCUGAAGCCGAAAAAUCACAGCCUGCUGAGCCUGCCCGAACUAACAACAGGAAGUCAUUCUUGCCAGCAACUCAAAAUGGCGAACGAAAAGAAGGCCGUCCAGGUGUUUGGCAAGAAGAAGAAUGCCACAGCCGUCGCUCGCGCUGUGGAGGGCCGUGGCCUCAUCAAGGUCAACGGCAAGCCUCUGAAGCUUUUCGCCCCCGAGAUCCUCCGGGCCAAGCUCUACGAGCCCAUCCUCAUCCUCGGCACCGAGAACUUCGCUGCCAUCGAUAUCAGAAUCAAGGUCGCUGGUGGUGGUCACACUUCGCAGGUUUACGCUGUGCGCCAGGCUAUUGCUAAGGCUGUUGUACGUACCGUCCCGAAGUAUCGAACCGACGAGCGAUACUCGAGCGCCGCACCCGCAACAUGA